AUGACCUUAGCUACAUCGUCUAGUACGUCGUUCAAACUGCCACCUAUGACACCAUCACCCAAGUACCAUGCUUUCAGCGGUGACACCAAAGACAAUAUCAGUAGUAAUAUGAGGAGGGAAAAAACGACGCAACAGGUUCUUUCUCAAGCCCCUUCUGCGCCAUCGACAGUUAACCAGGCCGCUGCAGCUGCACCCAGACCAUCGCUGCCGAAGGAGCGAAUCAUCCGCAGGAUGCCACAUGGCGCCCGUCGGGCCGGAGCAGAGUCAUUCGAGAAAGCCAUCAAAAAUGUGGUGCAAAACAAUGAUGAGCCUUACUGGACAACGUCUCCUGUCCUUUGCGUCUCAGGUUUUAGCUGUUCCGGAAAGCUCAAAUGGCGCCCGCAAAGUUUCGCUUGCCACCACUAUGAACGUCCUCCGCCAGCUCAAAAAAGGAAAAAGCCCAAGAAACCAGAAAACCCCAAUAGUGAACUGACAAGACGUGUGGGUAUGAAGAUCGACGAUGGCGAUUGCUCGGGAGCCGUGCGCAUUCUCAUGUCCACUGACGCCAUAGCCGAAACGUCGCAUGAGGUUUUGGAAGUUAUGACAGCUAAAUAUCCAGAAUCUCCCCUGCUUGCCAGAUCUGCAGCCACUGCAUAAGCGCCGCCUGUAACAGCUGAUGAAGUGCGCCAAACUAUCUCCAGUUUUCGACGAGGUUCCGCUGCGGGGCCGGACGGCCUUUUACCGCAGCAUCUCCUGGACAUGAUGGGGAAAACGAAAGAUGAUGUGUCAGUAAGUUUUUGCAACACCAUGGCCCAACUGUUGGACAUUGUCAUCAAGGGAAAUAUUCCUGAUCCUAUCCGUCCGUAUUUUUUCGGCGCCAAGCUUAUUGCUUUGCGGAAAAAAGAUGGCGGUCUGCGCCCUAUCGCUAUCGGUAACACUUUGAGGAGGUUGGCUGCCAAAGUCAUCUGCAGUCGCGUCAAAGUGCGCACCACGACAACACUGCAGCCAAGUCAACUGGGAUUCGGUAUCAAAGGGGGAUCUGAAGCCAUUGUCCAUUCGGCGCGAGAAUUCUUAAAAAGUGAUCCG